AUGUCUACUUUUGGCGGCAAAGACAUCUAUAGAUGUCGUAGUCGCAUAGUACCUGCAUUAGUGGAUAGACAGUUGCCACGUGGUGAUGUGAUUUCUUUCAUGAUGAACGACCCAUAUGAAAAGGAACAGAGACGUUUACAGAGACUAUAUGAAGAAGUUCUUUCAGAAAUGGAAGAGUCGGAUCCAUUUGGCGAUGAUAGUCAGGGUUCUGAUCCAGAUUUUUGUCGAGAUCCGGAAAGCAGUCACAGUUCUGGUGGGUCUUACGACGCACCAAGGCCAAGACAACCACCAUUUACUGAUGAAAAUGUGGAAUCACAAAAUGAGUCUGAUUCUAGUAGUAGUGAAUCACAAGAUUCAUUAGAUUCUGGAAACUUUAAUCUGACUCAAAAGCAAUACCAUUUUUUGACUUUGACGAGAAUGGAGUUGGGUUUAACAUAA